AUGCCUUAUCGAACGAAAACUUGGUGUCCUCACCCAGUACACAGAAAUUUGACUCAAUUAGGUUCGAAGCCAACACAUCCUAAAGAUGUACGAAUUAUCAAUGCGGUACAAGCUGAUAUAUUUAAUAAAAAGAUUGUAUCUAAUUCGGAAUGGACUUCAUUGAUUUUGAAGACGGGUGAUAAAGUAUGUCAAACAUGUUAUAGUUCCUUACCAGACGUUGCAAAUGACUCAUUUGAUUUGGAAAAGAUGGAUAUUGAAUUUGCAAAUCAAAUCACUGCAGAUUCUAUGAGCGACGAUUCCGAAAACUCUGAUUCCACAUCUAUUGAAGAAAAGUAUCACACAAAACAAUUGGCGAAGGAAGAACUUAAUGUGGUGUUUGAAGUACUUAAGAUGGAAAAAAUUCGCGACGAUCGUCGAGUCAAAAAAAUUCGGGAACAAGUCGACGACGUUUAUCAAUAUCUUCGCCGCUUAUGUGACAUACUGGAAGAUAAAAAUCCUCAAAUACAUGAUCCAAAUCCACAUUCUCUUGAAAUUGACGAAUCAAACGACUUUUUACAUGGGGUGAAAGAACUUUUCAAACAGAGUACCGACGAUGAACAAAUCCGUUUAAUGACAAUUGCCCCAGCAAACUGGGGCCGCAUUAUCCUCUCCCAAUGGUUUGGAUCCAGUGAGCAUCAAGCACGACAAGCUAUUUUACUUCGUCGAGAAAGAAACGUUCUUGCUUUUCCAGAAUAUUCUCGAGGAAAAAAAACCUCUUGA